AUGGAUUCGGCACACAACGAAUCAACAGGCUAUCAGCUGCUUGUCGUCCCGUCGCAGUGCAUGGCCGUAAAGCGACUGCUUCAGUUUUUCACAUUCGACAGAGGGGCGUGGGCGGUUAUGAUCCAUAUCGCUCUGAACGACUUCGAGAUCAUUAUCCAGCACAUUCUUGGCCUAAUCGGCUCCCAUUCUUCUGCAACUCCUUCGCAGUCUGAGCCCACGGCGACUCCGCAACUUACUUUUUUCGGCCUUCGAUCUGAAUAG